AUGGCGUACGGAGCUGCUUACCCGAAGGCUUCAACUCCAUCUUACAUCGAAGCAAGUGGCUUUUGGUCCUUCUACUCUAAACUACUAUGUGCCUAUUUGGAGUUUUUCACGGUCAAAGUUAAAGGUGAUGACAACGUCGAGCUGCCGGCAGAGAAAGACUCGGCAUUCAGGCAUGGUAGUAGUGGGUUUAGUACUCUCCCAAAACAAAUGGCUUCGAAACAAACAAAAAGAGAGAAGCUACACAUUUCUAUUUCUACACGGGGUGCCCCAUACGGCGGGGCACCACCGUCUUCAGCUCCACCCUAUUGUGAUGCUCCGCCACCAUCUCAGCCGUACUCUUCCGCCCAGUACGGUGGUGGACCACCACCUUCAGCUCCACCCUACGGUGGUGUUCCAGCACAAGUCCACAGUUCAGCUCCAUCACACUCGGGUCCUUACGGGUCGAACUCGUUUUCGACUUUGACACAGUCUAUUUUUCCACCCGGAACAGACCCGAAUGUGAUAUCUUGCUUCCAAAUGGCUGAUCAGGAUGGUAGUGGAUUUAUUGAUGAUAAGGAACUGCAGAAAGCGCUAUCUACAUAUAAUCUGAGCUUUGGAUUAAGAAGUGUUCAUCUUCUUAUGUAUCUCUUCACCAAUACCAACAUCAGAAAAAUCGGUAAUGUUUUCUUCUUUGAGUAA